GGAGAAAAAAAAGAAACAAAACAAAGCCCGGCAAGGGAAACCAUUCUCCUGUUGGCUCCCACGAGAACCUGUGCCUUGCUCUCCGGAACAGCCGUAAAAUUGCAGGGAAAACAAAGCUGGGAGUAUUCACUCUCCCUCCACAAGUAUGGCAACAUCUGCGCAAUACAGACAGCUUAUAAAUGACUAUGGACCCCCAUCUCUAGGCUAUACACAAGGGAUGCAGGGUACCAGCAGCAGUCAAGUACCGCAAAGCAAAUAUGCAGAACUUCUAGCUAUCAUAGAAGAAUUAGGAAAAGAGAUUAGACCUACAUACGCUGGGAGUAAAAGUGCGAUGGAGAGGCUAAAAAGAGGCAUUAUUCAUGCUAGAGGAUUAGUUCGGGAAUGCUUGGCUGAGACGGAACGAAAUGCAAGAUCCUAGCCCACUAAUUUCAUUUGCAAGGUUUUCCAUCUCUUAAUGAAGAAAAAGUAACACUUAAUCCUUUUGACUCUUGAAACAUUCAAAUUCCUUUUUGAAUGUUUUACCUUUCUUGUUUUGCCCUUACAAAAAUGUAUAGUUAAGAAUGAGAAAACAAGGAUUUUUCAACUUACUGAGGGUUUGCAUUUUGUAAAGAUGUUAAAACUUCCUAAAAUGUUUCUAAAACAUGAGAACUGAACUGCAUGCAGAGGAAUGCUCUUUCUCUCCCAGGCUAUAUUUCAAUUCUCUUCUCAUCCAGCCACAGUCUCAUUCUGUUUUUUUCCUUUGACUAUAUUCACUUAACCCCAAACUGUCAAUCUUUCGAAGUUUGACAUAAGCUCUAAGGAUUUUGUUUUUAAUAAAUGCAGAAUAGCAUGCUGUACCUAGUAGUCCGCUAAGUCACAGUUUGUCAUACAGCGUAGACCCUGCUUAGAAAUAACCUUCACCUUCUCUUAUUUUUCCUUUUUUGUUCAUUUUGCAUAAACAUUUGCAUGACUGUUAGUGCUUUGAAGUCCAUUUAAAGUGCAUGAGUUAUAUGGAAAAUAGGGAAACCUAUUAAAUAAUAACAAGGUCCUGGAAAGCUAAUUUCUACAUUAAGGCUGGAGAUUUCAGUUUAAAGUUUGCCAAAAAAAGAAAAUUCUGGAGAAAUUACUAAAACUGUUAUUUGCAUCUUUGUAUGUAUUUAUUACUUGACGUAAUAAAGCUUAUUUUCAUUAACAGUUUGUAUUAAAA